CUUAUAGUUCUUAGGCUUUCACGUCGUUUGGGAAGAAUGGGUUCAGGCUCAUCAGUUUCUACAAUUGUGAAAAACUGGAGAGAGCAUCCUCCUUCCUCCUAUUCUCUUAAGAUUCACAACUUCUCACAGAUUAAUAAUUCGACUACUGCCUCCUCUGAUGGUGAUAAAUACCAAUCUCGUCUAUUCUCUUCUGGUGGAUAUAACUGGAGAUUGAUCGUAUAUCUAAAAGGGAACAAAAAAGACAAUGGGAGCGGUUUUAUUUCCAUGUACGUGGAAAUAGACAGCAAAAGCUUGAUGAAGUUAAAUCCACCAACUGAAGUAUUUGCGGAACUUCGUUUCUUUGUCUACAACAAGAAAGAAAACAACUACUUUACAAUUCAAGAUCUUCAAGUAAAGCCGUUCAGUGCACUCAAGACGGUGUGGGGAUUGCAGCAAGUUCUUCCAUCUAAUACAUUCAAUAACCCUAAAAAAGGUUACAUCUUUGAGGGAGAUCAAUGUGAGUUUGGUGUUGAUGUCAUCGUUGCUCCACCUCUUACGAAUUGGGAAAUACUCUCCUUUAAUGAGAAACUUCCUCGUCCCAAGUUCUCUUGGACUGUAAAGAAUUUUUCUAUGUUGAAAGAGCAUUUCUACAAUUCAGACAGUUUUUCAAAGGGAGGAAGGAAAUGGAUUCUAUGUCUGUAUCCGACGGGAGAUUCAAGAGCAGAUGGCAAAUGGUUAUCGGUUUUUCUGUGUUUAGCUGAUACUGAUGGUGAUAAACCGAAAGCAGAUGAGAACAUUUUCAUGCAAGGACAUGUGCGAGUUUUGGACCCACUUGGAUCCAAUCACGUUUCAGGCAAAAUGAGCGACUGGCACAAUGAAUCGAACACGGGUUGGGGUUGGGUAAAGUUUUUGUCUUUAACUCAACUUCGGAAGCGUUACUUGGACAAGGAAGACACGUUGAGACUUGAGAUCGAAUUCGAAGUUGUUUCUUCGACCAAACACUCUCCCAUUACUAUCUAACCUCUCUAGCUACUUUUUACUUUUUGAAUUAUUUUUCUACUAUAUAUAGUUAUAGUGUAUGUGACAAUGCUAGGUCUUGAACCUUUUUUUUUUUUUUUUUUAGCACUCGAGCUCUUUAGUUUCCAUUAUAAUUAGGUUUUAUAAGAAGGGAAAAUAUUUUUUAUGUGUGGG